CCUCCUGCCUCCUGUCCAUUCUCAAUAUGGAAAGCGAGAUGAUGUCAUAUUGUCACUUUCACCAUCGACAGUGGAGAGGAGAACACCUUGGGAGCUCUUGGACUAGCUGAAAACACACCCCGGAGUGACAGGGCAUUUCUGAGCAUCACAACGAUGUGCAGACUGACAGUCUUCAUUGUGGCUGUCUGUGCAUUGAUGGGGGGUCUCUCAGUCUGCUGCCCCCCAAGAAGAUACCACGUCGGCAGAGAUACAAAGCCCUGGGACCAAGCUCGUCAAUACUGUCAAAGUAAUUUCACUGAUCUGGUUAGUGUUCGCAGUGAAGCGGAAAUGCUGGCAGUCACGGCACUGAUCUCCCGGGUCUCAGGUUACUGGUUUUGGCUGGGUCUGCGCAGAAACACAACCAACUUGCCUUGGGAAUGGUCAACUGGUGAGGCCUUUCAAUACAGCAACUGGAGGAACGGGGAGCCAUUUGUUAAAGCAGACUGUGGAGCCAUGGAUCCCAUUGGAGAGUGGGCAGCUGGUAGUCAUGAUAUCUAUUUGAACUUCAUCUGUAUGGCAGGACCUUCUGCGCAGUGCGGUCAGAGGGAGUACUUCCUGGUUCACACUGUGAAGAAUGCGGACGAAGCCAGAGAACACUGCAGAUCUCUGUACACAGACCUGGUGAGCAUCACAAGCCAAGACGUGCUCCUGGAUAUCGAACAGCUGAUGAACAAAACCACUUCCAAUAUCGACUACUGGAUAGGACUGAGGAGGGACGGUGGGUCUUGGGGCUGGGGAAACAGGGAAACUUUCAGCUACAGCAACUGGGGAGCAGGACAGCCAGGGAGCAAUGGAACCUGUGUGACGAUCAAGACCUCUCAAUUGAAUUUUGGGGAAUGGAUGGUGGACAACUGCACUGACAACAAGGAGUUUAUCUGUUACAAAGAUCUACAGAACACCACCACUGUUCUGUCUGACUCUCAGAACUCUCCAACCACCGGGCCAGCCGCUUCCCAAAUACCAGAUGGAGGAGAACAAUCCCAGCAGCCUUCCACGAUGGGCGGCACCUCUCCUCAAGCCAGCUCCCCUGGGCACUCCAGCUCCUGGCUCCCUGGCACUUCACCUGCAGUAACAGAUCCAAACCCCUCAGACCCUCCUUCCACUCCAGGAUCUAAAGAUCCAAACCCCUCAGACCCUCCUUCCACUCCAGUCUCUAAAGGUAUGGAGUGCAAUCUGUUGAGUGUAAUUCACAACCCUAAUCAGGACUGA